AUGUCUUUGCCGGUGUCUCAAUAUGAAGCUCUGCUCGCUGAAAUGCGCGGCCUGAGGCGGAAGGCUCAGCGCGUUCAGCAAAUCGCUAAACCUCUUCUGCAAGGAGAUUCCGCCGCCUCGUUUUCCCCUUCGAACAGCUCCACCCCUUGUGGCGCUUCGAAGAUAUACCAUUCGCACACAGAACGAAUCUAUAACAAUGGGCUAUCUGAACCAUUAGAUUAUACCAUGGAAUCAUUACUAGUCGGCAGGCACAAUGCUUCAUCGCCAAAUUACGAGCACGGAGCGACCAGCAGCGUGGAAGGCGACAACGAUUGCAGCGAAGACGAGUACGGCGCCGCGACGAGAAGCAGCACGAAAUUAUCGGUCAGCAGCGAACCGACGCCGGACAGCAAUCGCGUCGCCGGCCUCUAUCACGGCACCUGGCCGGUCGAAAGGACCAUGUGGAACUCGGAACCCGCCUGCUUGGGCGCCAAAGGCGAUCCCCAAAACGCCGCCAGGAUAAUUAACAACCAAAUGGAAGUGAACAGCGUGAUGAGUUUCGCUUCCAGUUCGGGCGGAGUGCCGCUGGAUCGGGUCUUGGGAAGUCCCGAUAGAGGUAAAUGGUCCUCGCAACAACUGGAGGCGAAGAUGGACGUGGUGCACAGCUUGUUGUCGAUGUUGGGCGGUCACGAUCACAUCGAUAUGGGCGAGACGCUCUUGGCUCUCAGUACUUGUCCGGAAAGUUGUUUGGCUAUGAGACAAUCAGGUUGUAUUCCUUUACUGGUUCAACUGGUUCAAUCUGAUAGGGACGGUGAUACCAGAAAGAAAGCCGCACAGGCCCUUCACAAUCUGGUGCAUUCGCAGCCGGAUGAAAAAUUGCGAAAACGCGAAAGUAGAGUAUUGAAAUUGUUAGAACAUUGCCGGGCUUACACGGAAGUGUUGAAGAAUAACGUGGAUUUGGAUGAAGCCGAAAUCGGUGGUACAAAUCCCGAAGAUGGUGACAAGCAUCCUGUACAAACAGUAGCCCAUCUAAUGAAACUGUCGUUCGAUGAGGGCCACAGACAGGCCAUUUGUCAAUUAGGUGGAAUUCAUAUUAUUGCUUCUUUAGUAGAGGUGGAGCAUUCGAUGCACUUGAGCACGUCUACCGAUUCGCACUGUAUACUGUUGCGUAGAUACGCUUGUAUGGCACUAACGAAUCUCACGUUCGGCGACAGCGGAAACAAGGCUUUGUUGUGCUCGUUCAAAAACUUCAUGAAGUCCCUCGUCGUUCAGCUGCAAAGUACCAGCGACGAGUUGAGACAAGUAACCGCGAGCGUGUUGAGGAACCUGUCGUGGCGCGCCGAUUCAACUUCCAAGGAAAUCCUGCGGGAAGUGGGCUCGGUGACGGGCCUGAUGAAAUCGGCGAUGAUGGACAACAAGGAGAACACUCUGAAAUCGAUUUUGUCCGCCUUGUGGAACCUCUCGGCGCAUUGCACCGAGAACAAAUCCGAAAUUUGCGCUGUAGAUGGCGCGCUGGGUUUCCUCGUAGACCUAUUAACCUACAAAACGCCUUCCAAAUCGUUGGCGAUAAUCGAAAAUUCCGGCGGCAUUUUGAGGAACAUUUCGAGCCAAGUAGCCGUCAGGGAGGAUUACAGGGCCGUAUUGAGGGAGCACAAUUGCCUGCAAAUACUGCUGGGGCAAUUGAAAUCGCCGAGCCUGACUAUUGUCAGUAACGCUUGCGGCACGUUGUGGAACCUCUCCGCCAAAUGCCAGGCGGACCAGGAGGCUCUUUGGCAAAUGGGGGCGCCGACCAUGCUGAGCAGCCUCAAUCACUCGAAGCAUAAGAUGAUCGCUAUGGGCUCGAGCGCAGCGCUCAAGAAUUUGUUGAGCGCCAAACCCCAGCAAAUGUUCCAACCGCAAUUGGACGCUACCGCUUUAAGUUUGGAUCUUCCAGCUUUGCCUACUUUAGGUGUUAGAAAACAAAAAGCGUUUCUACAGAACCUCGAUUCGUCUUUGAGCGAAACGUACGACAACCUCGACAAGGAGUCGCCUAAGAAAGAGUCGAGAAGGACCCUCGAAAUGCAGGAAUUGAACAGUAAUUUCGCUAGUUUGAAUUUAAACGAACCAUCCACCAGCUAUUCCACGGAUCCCAGGUUGAACGCCAGGAUGAAUCAAAGCUACAGCAGCGCGAGUUUGCCGUACAAACGACCGAGUUGCACGUACAUUCCCGUUAGAAAUAAAUACUCCGAUUGCGGUUACGACGAUGAAAUCGACAUGUCCGAUCAGCCGAUAGAUUACAGCAUAAAAUACUCCGAAACUAAGGUGCCAAAUUCGGAAAGUACCGACGCCAAUUACUCCUACUCGAAGCAAUCGGAGGAAAAAGAAAAUUUCGGUAUAUACGCGGAGACCGAUCUGGACCAACCGACCGAUUAUUCAUUGAGAUACGCCGAAGACGAUUCCGAUUCGGAAAUCGCCAAAAACGAAGACACCGUUAAAACCUACUGCACCGAAGACACUCCAUACGAAACUCCAUUCAAUUUCUCCACAGCCACAUCCAUGUCGGAUUUACGCCUGGACGAUAAGCAAGUUAUCGACAACGAUAAACUCAAAGAAAGAGAAUCUACAAUAAACAAAAAGAUAAAUAAAAGUCCCGAAGAGAAGGAGCGUUGCAGCACCGAGGACAUCUCCGUGUUAGACCAUCGUCCUAAAUUGUCCGAUAAACUUCCGAAAUCUGAGCUAAGUUCGGGGCUGAUGUCGCCCGAAAAGCCCGUCAAUUACGCCGAAGAAGGUACGCCCGGGUACUUUUCUCGCGUCAGCAGUUUCGGUUCUCUCAAUUCGAUACCGGCCGUGGAAAGUAACAAAGAACAAAAAGACAACGACAACCGGGAAUCGGAUGGCGAGAGAAAAGAGAACGAAAAAUCAUCGCCGAAAAUGUCCGCCGAAACGAAGGUGGUCAAGUUCGAACGGGUGGUGAAUUACGCCGAAGAGACCCCGUUGAUGUUUUCCAGAUCGAGCUCUCUGGCGUCGUUGGAUAGCAUCGAACAACACUCGAUUCACGACGAUAGAAGCUCCGUGGUAUCGGAUUUUAGUCGAUUAACCAGCGGUAUCGUCUCGCCGAGCGAAUUACCGGAUUCUCCUACACAAACGGUACCGCAGAGCCCUAAACCUAGAAAAACCUCGCUAGACUUUCCAUCUAGUUCUAAGAUGAGGUCUAAUGACAGAACUUCAGUACCGAGGGUGCUACCUAAACCGAGUAUGUUCGAGGAUAACGUUACUAAAUUCAAAGAAGAAAGUACUCCCAUACAAUUUUCCACAGCGACGAGUUUGAGUAGUUUAACUAUAGAUGAUCAUGAAGAUAAUGGAGAACAAGCGAGCAGUCGCAAACCGUCAAAUAAUAGUUCCCAAGAAGAACAGAAAAUCGUAAAUGAUGAAGCCGAGAAAAAGGACGAUGAAAAAGGUACCGCUGCGUCUGAUAUAAACGAUGAUUACGUUUUCGAAUCUGAUGUCGAUGAAGACAUUCUGGCUGAUUGUAUUAAUAUAGGGAUGCAAAACAAUAGGCACGAUCAGUCCAAAUCUGUUCAAACAUCGACUCCCACCAAAUUGCCCACUUCCAGUUUUAAAUACACGUCGAAAACUGUCCAAAAUAGCGGAAUUCCGAUGCCGAGAGGUAAUUCCAGAGUGCUUUCGCAACCUAAUCAAUCGAGAUCCUUUGAAAACCACACCGGGAUAACUGGAAAUCAGGGCGACACAGUUAGAACUUACUACACUGAAGACACCCCUGUAAGAUUGAGUAAUGCAGCUUCCAAUUCGGAUUUGAGUUUACUUUCCGCUUCGAAUGGGAAGGAUGGUUCGAGAAAAGGCGAUUACUUAUCCGACGACAGUAGUAAUCUAUCAGGCGAAAAUGACAACAUUUUAGCCGAAUGCAUACAAUCGGCGAUGCCCAAAUCGAAGAAAGACGCCAAAAUCGCCCCGAAAUCCGCCAUGCCGUCGUCCCUACCGCGCCGCAGCGUUCCCACCGGCAAAUACCACGGCGCCUCCGCCGUCGCCGGUAACGCGAGACGAUCCGAAGCUCCUAAAGUGCCCCCGUUAUCGACCGACUUGAAUCGAAGGGAUAAUUCGUCGUUGUCCGGCUAUUUGAACGUCGGAGACGAGGUGGAAAAUUACGCGGUCGAAUCCACUCCCUGCCAUUUCUCGCUGAGGAGCAGCCUGAGCGAUUUGACCGUCGACGGGAGCGUCGCCGGAUUGAACAGGACCGGCGGGCAAAAUCAAAAUGAAAGUUCCCCGUCGAAAGUCGAAGGUGGAGAAAAUCAGGAAUCUCAAUCGGCGAAUUCCACUACAAUGCAACAUAACAUCAGCCAACAAUCGAGAAGAGAAUCCUUAUCGUCGAUAAGCGUGGAAUCCCUCGGAUCAGCCGAAGCCGAACAAGCCCUACUGGCACAGUGCAUAUCUUCCGGUAUGCCCAAGAGUCACUCGAGAAGCGAUCCGAUGAAAAUUCCCAAAUCCAGUUCCAGGACGAAUCCGGAAGAGCACUCCUUCGACUCGUCGAGUCCCCCACGGUACGACGUCAAUUCAAAAAACGUGAGUGCUGCGUCUGUUGCCGGGAGCACGCGAGAACUUCCAGCCGAGAACGAGCCGCGUCCCGCAACAAAUCGGUCCAUCGCGGCAGCAGGCGUAGAAAGAAAUCCAGAAAUCCGUCGGGAGAACGGGACAAGGGCGGAGGCGGAGCCGAGCAAACUGCCAGUUCGAGAGGAGCCAGAGAGAACAGGGAUCCGAACGCCCAGCGAUACAUCACGGGACAGAUGCUCGCCUACAGACGAGAUCUCAUCCCCAGGAGAAGCGAAGAGUGGAUCUAGGGAUUCGUUGCAGAAGAUAUUGGACGUGAUGGAUGAGCGGUUGGUGCGCAGCUGCGAGGAAUCCAAAGUGGUGGACAACAGAAUGCUCGAUCCCGACGCCAUGAUCGAAUCGUUGGAUCGUUUCACGGCCGAAUUAGUGUCGCAGGCGAGCCAUCUGAACAAAGACGAGAGUUACAAGGUAUCCACGGCCGAUAACACGUGGAACGACGACAUUUCCCCGAACGAUAUCACUUUUCCGAGUAUAUCCGGCAGCGCUCCUAACGUCGUUACGUUCAGUCACAGCAACGAGGAAGUUAACGAUGUAGUUUGCACUGAUGAAGGCGGUCCGGCGUCGAACGAUUUUUCUUCGAUAAACACAUCGACUAUGACGGAUAGCACGUUGAUAGCCAUCGACGCUAAUAAGAUGGCUACGGUGUUCCAAAAAGAGGCGGAAAUGUCUUCGAGCCUCAACAGCGCCGCUUCCUUGGAAUUGGACAACAUUCAACCGCCUUCGCAGCUGAACUCUCUAACGAACAGCGCCGUUAGUUUGACCAGGAGUCCGAAAUUGCCGAGAAGGAAGAAAUCUCUACCGGCUGGGUUGAUGAUCCGACGCGCUUUUAAUAACUCUUUGAACAACGGCUCCAGCUUAGAGAGCUUAUCUAACUUAGACCACGUUAAUCCUCCUACGGAUUUGUUGUUCGAUAUGGAAGGUAGCGUGACCAGCAUAGCUAGUCUACCUAGUGACCAGAGAACCGAUUUCAUAAUCAACGGUAUCAUCAGCAAAGAUAUACAACAACGAAACCAACAUCCUAUAUUCGAUUUGAAGCAACCUUACAGCGAAUUGGAAAACAUCAACCCUCCCUCGUUGUUCAACGAAAUCACGGAUUUCUGCAACUCGCUCGCCGACGUGCCCACCGAAGUCAUAGCCACCGAUACGGAUAUAUUCGAAGACUGCUUCACUCACACGAUCGACGACACAGCGGCGGACUUCACCCUAGCCGAGGACGGAGUCGACGGCAUCGCCGACUCCAUCAUGGAAACGGCCAACAACAUCGACGACGACGACGAAGACGUCACGAUAUUCUCGGACGCGAAGAGCAGCGUGGAAUCCACGCCGAAGAAGACCAAAAGCGCCACGCUGAGCAAAUCGAUGACGACCAAACAGCGCCGCAACCAAGCCAGGGACCGUUACAAAACGUACACGAUCGGCGCCGAGAUGGUGAUGCGCGAGGAAAUCGAAAAGUUGAAGGAGACCGGCGACGAUUGCAGGUACGACAGCGGCUUGCCCGAGGCCGACAGCACCACCAGCACCUACGAUUCAGCGACCUACAGCGCCGAAAAGGAGAAGCUCACGCCGCGCCAGCGUCGCGCCAUGAACAGGUCGCGUUUCGAGACGCAAGUCGUCGACGAAGCUACCGCUAAUAUCGCCAACAUCAUGCAGCGAUGCGCGAUAGAUCCGGCUCCGGUGCAAGACGACAGUUGCUCAUCGUCGCCGCUUCCCAGUCCGGUGAGAUCGAAGCUGAGCAUCCGGAGGAACUUUAUGCAGAAGCGGCUGGAGAAUAAGGAGCGGUUCAGGACGAGGACGUUGAGCGAGUCGAGCUUCUCUCCGGAGGCCUCGUCGACGUCGCCUUCUUUAAAUGGAGAAAACGACGUUCAGUUGCAUUUGCAGAAGGAGGCUAAUAGAGUAUUAAAAACGUUAAGGGACACGAAGACGUACGAGGAAUUGCUGGAUUGCGAAACGUUGAGUUUAGUCAGCAACGACGACGAUUCGGAACACAACUCUGGGAAUUCUGUGAAUUACAGAACUUACCACAAGAGUUGGGGUAUGAAAAAGAACAUUCCCGUCAUAACGAACCAAACGACUCGCCCGGCCGAGUUGAUCUCGCCACCGAACAACGACGACAAGGAAGAGGAAGAAGAAGAAGAAGUCGAGGAAGAGGACGAGGAGGAGAAACGAUCGCUCGGCAAGCCGAAAAUCGUGAAACCGGAAGAGAAAGCCGCCCAGGACGAGGAGGUACCGGCCGAGCAACCGAAAGGUAUUCGAGGCCGCAGGAAACCGUUGUAUUCCAGAACGGUGACCAGUUCGACGCCGAAGAACAUCAAACCCGUCAAAACCAUGACGUCUAAUUUGGUGAAGAACGUUACCUCGACGUUCAAAUCGAACUCGGUGCUUAAGAACGUGUCUAGACAGACCAAAUCGACCGUAUCGCCGCUACAAAGUCGCGUUUCGAGCGGUUACGGGAGCAGAAACGUAUCGAAACCAGCCUCGCCUAAAACUAGUCCAGCCAGGAUGCCGGCCAGUAAUCGAAGCAGUCCCAAGCACGCGCCGUCUAAUAAAACCGUUGCGUCCUUAAAAGUAAGUCCUCAACUAGACCGGCAAGGAACGUUCACGAAAGACGAACAGGCUGCUCCCAGCAGUACUUCUGCUGCAUCGAAGCCGGCCAGUAAGAUUCCGACCGUCUCGAAAAUACCGAGCUUCGCUUCGAAAACCGUCUCCAAAUUGAUUCCCCCGGCGCCGGCUUCGAAAAUUUUCGGUAAACCGCCGGCCGUGAAUAGAGCGAACGGCAUCGUUAAAUCGGCCAGUACAGACAGAACGGGCAGGAAUCCGAAGGUGUACAACAGAUCGACCAGCGCCGAUAGCAGGGAAUCGAUAUCGAGGCGGGUACCGCCGAGUCCUUCCAGUCAAAGUUUGAAGGGCGAAUCGAAGGUGCAGCAGAACGGGGCUGUUAAGAAAUCGUCGAUACCUAGUGCUAGUUUAGCGCAAAGAUCUAACAGUAAUUCAAGCAUAACGUCGACGGGAAGCUCGAAUAAUGUAAGAAAACAAGUAACCAGUAAGAUUGCUAAUUUGUGGAAGAAAAUCGAAGAUAGUAAAAAACAACCUCCCAAGCAGGACACUCGCGUUUGGAUACAGCCUGAUAUUGAGAAAGAACCUCCUAGAUUGAUAAGGAGCAACACUUUCGAAAACAAGAACGGAUUAACGUUAAAAAGUAGACAGGAGAACGAGGAGGUCUGCUUGUCUAAAUUACAACCGUACGACUUUACUGACGAUGUAGACGGUAUUUCGACUGAUAGCUUUUAA